AUGCGCGUAUUGAUUGCUUUGUGUCUGGUGGCAGCUGUCAGCGCUGGACGCCUGGGCUACAACUAUAACCUCGGCAGCAGCGGCUCCACUAUCAUUGGCAGCAGCGCAGCUGGUCCAGUGCUGGGUGAGGCUGUUAGAGCAGUCGCUGGUCCAGUUAGCUACCAAGUUUCCCCUCAGUCGGGCGUACACAAAGAGUUCUUCUCCUUCCAUGCCAACGAGGCUGACUUCGAGGAUCCCGAUGCAGCACGCAAAAUUGCCAGCGCCAUUAGCAAGCGCGUGCGCGUCAUCUUCAUCAAGGCACCAGAGAAUCGCGGCUAUGAGAACGCCGUGCUCGCCUUGGCCAAGCAGGCGGCAGAGCAACAGACCGCCAUCUAUUUGCUGCACAGGCAACCGGACAUCAGUGAGCUGGCCCAGAAGUUCAACGCGGUGCGCAACAGUGUGAACAACAAGCCCGAGGUGCACUUUGUCAAGUAUCGCACCCCCGAGGACGCUGCCAAUGCUCAACGUGCCAUUCAAUCGCAGUACGACUCCUUGGGCGGUUCCAGUCAGAACAUCAAUGGCGGUGUGGCCGAUGCUUUGAACUUUGCCUCACGCUCGCAAGCGCCUGUUGCUGCCGGCCAGCCUCAGGUGCCCGACACCAACUACCUGCCAUCGUCAAUUCUGGGACGCCUACGCAGCAAAUAA